CCAAUCCUUCUUCUCAGGCUGGACAGAAAAGAGCACCGCGUCAUCUGGGACCACGGAGAAGAAGCUUUAACUUGAGAGAAGAAGAAGAAAAUCUUUUAAAAGUUUGAAACUAAAAAUAAAAUCAAAAGUCUUCCCUCUUGGAAUUUGGAGCGCAUUUUUACUUCUCCAAAAGAAAGUUUGAAAUUUGAUCUGUAGUGAUGUUUCCAGAGGCAAAUAAAGGCUACAGCUACGAUGACUGCAAAGCCACUGCUGAUUGGCUGUUAGCACAGACGGACAUUCAGCCCAGAGUUGGUAUUGUUUGUGGAUCGGGACUUGGAGGGCUGGCUGAGAUGUUAAAGGACCAGGUGGCCUUCAACUACAAGGAUAUCCCCAACUUUCCGCAGAGCACAGUGCACGGACAUGCAGGACGGCUGGUGUUUGGCACCCUGAAGGGAAGGGCAUGCGUUUGCAUGCAGGGUCGCUUCCACCUCUAUGAGGGUUACGCAGUCCAGAGGAUCACACUGCCUAUACGCAUCUUUAAGCUACUUGGUGUUGAGACAGUGAUACUGACUAAUGCUGCUGGGGGGCUGAAUGAGGAUUUCAAGGUGGGAGACAUCAUGGUGAUCAAAGACCACAUCAACCUACCUGGCUUUGCUGGGAACAACCCUCUGGUUGGACCAAACGACGAGAGGUUUGGUGUCCGCUUCCCCUGCAUGUCAGACGCAUAUGACCGAGAGCUGCAGCAGCUGGGCAUGGACGUGGGUCAGGAGCUGGGAUAUGGAGAUUUCUUGAAGGAGGGCGUCUACUGUGCACUUGGUGGUCCUUCAUUUGAGACGAUUGCUGAGUGCCGCAUGCUGCACAAACUGGGCGCGGACGCAGUUGGCAUGAGCACAGUCCAUGAAGUGGUGGUCGCACGCCACUGUGGCAUGCGCGUCUUUGCGCUCUCGCUAAUCACUAAUCAGGUGGUGAUGGACUACGACAGUGAAGAGAAGGCGAACCAUGAAGAGGUCCUUCAAGCCGGCAAGCAGCGAGGCUUACAGAUGGAGCACCUGGUUUCCACCAUGGUGACCAGGAUCGAGCACAACAACAGCUACAUCUGAGAAGAAUCUUUAUAAUGUUCUCUAUGUGCAUGGACAAGGACAAUUAAAUUGUUAUGGCUUACCUAUACUGUCAAACCAAAGAAAAUCUGUCUUUGUGUACAAGUUUGAGGAUCAAAAACUGUCAAAUUUGUCUUUAUGUUCUCUCCUCUGUGCUGUAUAGGACACUCAUUCCUUUAAUUGGCUUUGAGUCUUUUUUGUGUUUUAGUGGAAACAUUUUAUAAAGCACUUUAAAAACUUUUUCUGCCAUAGAACCUUCCUAAAUGAGUCUCCAUUGAUAUUUUUGUGUAUUAUUUUUCAAUCUCAUGAUCCACUUUUAAAAACCAUCGAAAUUUAACUUAAUUAUCAUAAAUUUACCUUAAAUGUAACAUUGCUGGUUAACAUGUGUACACUAAGUGUAUAAGUUCUUUUUUUAAAUAUGACUGUUGUUACUAAAAGUGUUAUUUAUUACUGAA